AUGCAUACAACACCCAUCCAUGCAGAGAUGAGAGGAAAAGUGCUAUUAUUUGGUGAGCACCUGAUUUUUCAUGGUGCCUCAGCAUUGGGUCUCCCACUUCCCAAUGUUUUGAAAGCAGUAGUAUGUGUAGAUGGAAAGCAGCUUCGUUUCAAAAAAAGAGAUGUAGUACUACGUAAGUUUCUAGAACAUAUUUCUGUGGUAUGCAGAACUGAACACUUAAAGGUGCCAACAGCAAGUAUAGAGCUUACAAGUAGUAUUCCCAAGCAAAGUGGUUUUGGUUCUUCAGCAGCAUUAUCGACCGCGCUGGCUAGCUGCAUACUUCAGUAUAACGGACAUGCUCAGUACUGUACGCAGUAUACCAUAGACAGCUCAACAAAGAACGUCGCAGAAGAGCACGCAACACUAUGGCGACUCGCGACACUUUUUGAGGAUUUUUUUCACUCACCCUCUUCGGGUAUUGAUACCGCAUUAAGCAUGCAAGAAAGCGCCCUUGUACUAGAAAGAGUGCGUGAUACAAAUACACAGGGACGCUUCCCCUCUUUUCACUGCUACCAGUCACACAUACAUCUAGCAGUAGUGGCUGCAUCGUAUCCUCGCAGUACGCAAGUAGCAGCACUUAUUGCUCGAGCGCAAUCAGCGCUGCAGCGUGUAGAGUAUAUAUCAAAACUUAUUGCGGAUAGUAAUAGGGCUAUAGCAUUGCUUACGAAGCAGGACAUACAAGAAAAGCACACAGAAGAAUUUAGCAUACUUGUAGAGUCCAUACACACUACUUUACGAGAUAUAGGAUUAAGUAGCGAUGUAUUAGAACAUGCAUUGCAAUGCGCUAUACGCGCUGGGGCUAUUGCAGCAAAGAUGAGUGGCGCAGGUGGAGGUGGAGCUCUUGUUUGUUUUUGCGGCAAUAGUAAGCAGGCAUUAGUGGUAGCGGAUGCAUUACGCGAUACAAAAGAUGUAAGAGAAGUUAUAGUAUCUUUAUGCACAUAA